UUAAUAUGAUGAUAAUAAAUUGAAGAAACAAGAUUUCACUGGGAUACAACUAAAGAAAGGAAAAGAAAAGAACAAACAAACAAAAAUAUGCACACCUUUUAACAACCUCUUUAUGGCACCAACUGGCAAUAAAAUCAAUAAAAUUUCCAGGCACACGUACGCAUUUGACAUUUUAUGUCAUUCCUGAUUUUACGCACUUGCGUGCUGCAUAUCAAUAAGGAUUGUCUGUGAUGUCAAUCAUUAGACAUUAUUUAUUCCCAACAAAUCCAUAGAUAGAUAUUUUAUAUACUGAAAAAGGUUACACCCAAUGAAGAAACAAAUACACUUAUCCAAUAACAAAUGACCCAGUGAUGGGCAACAUUCACAUAAGGAUGCGUAAAAGAAGGAAGAGCAAGGAAUCGGAGGCUGUAGCGAUCAUUUCGAAUGUUGAACACCAUCAACCGUCAUCGUCGAUUUUCAAUUUGAUUGGCCAUUGUAUCGACGAGCUACUUGAGUAUUUAUCCCUAAAAGAUUUGCAUUCAUUAGGCCAAACAUGCCGAACGAUGCAAUGUGUGACGGGUAAAUUUUUUACACGUAACUAUUCAGCGGCAAAAAUUGUUUGCGAAAGUGAUGGCAUUUAUGUGAUUCAUUUAUCCCAUUGUAAUCGCAUCAUUGAACGUAUUCCGAUACCCGGUUUUAUUCAAUUUAUUACCUCGGUUGCGAUUGAAGGUGAUCUAGGCCCAUUCAAAUUUAUAAAAUUGCAUGCCAACGAAUUCAAAUUGGUGAAACAUUUGUCUCUCACAAAUGUAUGUGUUAGUCAGCAAACAACAAAUUACAUUAAAAAAAUGUUGGAUAAAAUUGAAAUAUUGCAUCUACGACAUUGUUCGAUGCAUCGAAAUCUAUAUGAUGUUCUACUUAAAUAUUGUACAAAUAUACGGAAAAUUUAUAUACAAAAAAAUGACAAUAAUAAAUUCCAUGGUCAAUUUAAAUGGUUACUAAGACAAUAUACAACGUUAGAAUAUUUAGAAUUAAGCUUACAACGGUCUAUAAAAAUCGAUGAAUUUCGCAAAUUUUUUAAACGUAAUCCGAAUGUACGCAAUUUUACCUGUGAUUCAUUUGUAUUAUGGCCAAAUGCAUCUUUGUUACUCAAUUCAACAGCGAAAUUGGAUACAUUCGGAUUGAAAUAUGUUGGUAUUCCGCUCAUCGGAAACAAUUCUACCACUGUAAAACCAUUAUGUAAUUUAUUAAAUAGACUUCAUAGUCAAGGUUUCUAUGAGCGUUUACAUGUAAAUGUGUUUUUGAGUCGAGAGCUCGAUUUUAUCAAUGGUGUUGAAAAAAUUUUCAUUCCACGUAGCAAUAUGGUAAAUAGCAUUGAUAUGCUUUUAAGCGAUUUAGUUGAGUUUACUGUUGCAGAAGUGAAUGAACGCUUCGAUAGAAAAAUGAUAGAAAACCUUGUGAAUCUUGAACGUCUUUAUUUGGAAGAUGGCUCCGCCGAUGAUAUUCUUCCAUUCAUUCAACUAACAAAAAAAUUAAAUAAAAUCAAAUUGAUUCCUCGUGUUAGAAAGAACUGGAUCCACUUUGAAUAUGAACCAAUGAUCCUGAAAUUAUAUCCAUUGAAUGCCGAACGGGAAAAAUUGGCAGGGGCACGAAAGGUCACGAUUUAUGUUCCAGAUACCGUUUUCUUGGCAACCAAAUGGUGGUCCAAAAAUGGCGUCACAAACUUUAGCCUAAUUGAAAUGAAACGAAUUGGUUCAUAUGAUUGGCAUUUAUUAAGAUGAAUUAUUUAAUUGGAUGUUACAUUUAGGGUGAAUUUAAUUUUAGUUUUUUUUUUGAUAAAUCAACGUCCAUCGUUCGUGUAUUAGUUGUUUAAGUUUCUCCAGAGAGGCCAAAGAAAAGACUCAAACUUAAACUUUAAUCAUAUCGAGUUUAAGCUACUAGUUGAAUAUGGAAAAUAAACAAAACUGUUAAAAAUCUGUUAAUAAUAUUGAAAUGAUUCUUUGCAAAGUCUGAAAUAAAAAUCAAUAUUGUAAAUUAA